AACCUUCAAAUUUUCAAACUUAAGUACCUGUUGCCUGUUCGUGUCGGUACGUCCCUACGCACGACUUAAGUAUUAACUAAUAAAACUUUAAGUAUCGGUAUCGUAGUUAUAGUUUUUAACCAAUAGAUUUUUAAACGACAAAUCUGUCCAAAUGUCAAUAAAGUUGAAGAACGUGAAAGAGGCAAAAGAAGCCGUCGUGCACAGUUUGCCGUGUAAAAUACAUGCGGAUAUGGAAAGCGACGUCGACUCGUUCUUCAAGCCUGUUCAAGUGUCAGACAAAGAAUUGACAGCUUCUUUCCGUGGAUACCCAUUAAGCGGUACUAGACUUGAGCUUUCGGAGGGGUACAAGGGAUUUAUUUUUAAUGACAGCAAAGACCCAAAACCAUCAAGUUAUUCUUGUGUCGGUCAGUUUAAAAAUUUCACCUAUUGGAAUUGGGAUAAACCACCUUCAAAAAAUGACCCAGUUAUCGCUACCAUGGAUUGGCUAACACUUUCAGGAGCUAUACAUGACCCCAUAGAUAUCGAAGACGUAUAAACAAAUCCGGCUUGACAUUAUUUUGUUUGUUUAUAUUUGAAAUGUCAUAUUUUUACAAUUUUUAUGGAAGGGGAGUCAAAAAAAUUUCAAUAAUAAAUAAAAAUACAUUAAAAAAUUAAAUUACCUCGUUUGAAAAUCUAAUGGUUUAAGAAGUCACUUUGCUAGACAAUUAAGUAUUAAUACAUCUCAAAUACAAACAAUACACUUAGUAUAAUCUUACAUUAAUAACAAAUAAUCUAAUUUAUUGUAAUCAUGAAGAUAUGUCCUAUGUACAUACAAGCUAUUUUUUGAUUAAAUCAUUUUGCUAGUUGAAGUUAUAUUUUACCAAUUUUUAUAAAUUUAAAUUCAGUAAACAUAAAUAUUUACAUUCAAAGGAUAUAUAAAAAAAAUUCAUAUUUCCUAGCUCGAAAAAUUGGCACAAAUUUGCAAUUUAGUCUCAUAAUAUUCAAUGAAUUGUAUAAAAAUGAUACAAGUAUGUCAUAUACUCUCAAAUCAAGGCUUUAUAG